CGUAUCUCAGUCGCGAAUUUAUCCUACCAGUGUCGAACUCCUCUAGUUAUUACGUGUCUGCAUGCGUGCAUAAGGCGUGAGUGGUCUAGUGGAGCCAAGUCUGGGCGGUCUCGCGGUUCGGUUGACUCAGUUAUCUUAUGAAACCGGCGAUCGCGGUACAGUUUGAAAGUGCAGCGCGCCAAGUGCUGUGAAAUUCAGAGGAUAUGGUUUACCUCGCUGCAAUACUGGUGGCGAGUGUAUUCGUAGUGAAAACUGCGUUUUCUAGUCCCUGGAACGAUCCAACCACCAACCAGUUCCACAUCCAAACAGAUGAAGGCCCAGAACGUUACUUCAAGUACCAGACCCAGAACGGUCAAUACCGAAAGGAGAAACGACUUGAGGAUGGAACUGUUAUUGGAAGCUACGCUUGGAUAGACGAUGAUGGCUAUCUCCGCCAAAGAGAUUACAUUGCAGACAGUCAAGGAUAUAGGAUAGUCAAAAACAAGAAUGUUUUUGUUGGAAAAAAUAUAAAUGUUGGAGAUGCUGUUAAAGCUACCAAAAAAAUUACAAAUACUUACAUACCUCCAGCUAUAUCUAAUCGAGGAUAUGUUGCCAAUACUCCUAGACCAAUACUGAGACCAUCAGGUGUAGCACCGUCAGUAGAUAUCUCCUUGAACUCCAUACCAUCAUCAACACCUUCUCCGGUAACCUUUGAUUCCACAACAUAUGGGCACAUAUACAGUUCUCACUCUAAUACUAACGAAGUCUCUACAGAAAACUACUCGCAAACAUCAACUGUAAGACCUUUUACUUCCACAACACCAUUUUCAGUUUCAAGACCCUCAAGCAUCCACAUUCAGCAGAAUCAAAUACCUUUGUCCACUCCAAAUGAACUUCCUUCAUCUGUUUCUUAUAUUCCUCCAGCUCCAACGUAUAUUUCCCCAUAUUCUCCUGUUACAAACGUGUACUCGCCAAGCUCUACAGAACCUCCUGUUAACUAUUCUCCUACUCCAGAAUAUAAUUUAUCUCCUCCAUUACCCGAUACACAAAAAUCACUUGCUUACAUUCCUCCUCAAAAUACUCAACCUUCUACUACACCAAGUCCCUCUUCCAUAUACUUACCGUCUUCAACACCAGACUACAUUAGCAUAACCCCACCUCCAAGGAAGUACAUUCCUCAACCUUCAAUAAAUACCAAUUCAAUAGAAUACUCAGGAAAUCCUCAAUAUGAGCAUUAUCCAGAUGAAUUUGUCAACCCUUAUAUUCACCAGAAUGGACCUACUUACCCAAUAGAUACAAGAGGGCAAUCUUUCAAUCCUGUCUAUAACAACAUAGGCAAUGGAUACGAUCCUCAAUAUCCCUAUUAUGAUGGUAUUUCUGUAACGAAUGAUGGGUUUAGGUAUUACAUACCAAAAGCCUACCAUGAAGAGCAGAACUCAGGUUCCGAUACUAAGUCUGGUAGCUUUGGUUACAUCGAUCCUUUUGGUAUUAGAAGGGUUAUUUAUUAUAAUGCUGGUCCUGAUGGUUUUAAACAUAGGAAGAAUAAUAGAUAUGUUGGACACGAUGCUACACCUUAUGAUCCUAGACCCUAUUGAGCUUUCGAAUAAAUUUGAAUUUGGGUAGAAAAAGUAGCUCUAAUAAUGUCAAAGUAGCACCGAUAUUGUAACUAGUCAUCACUUACAUUGCCGAAUAAAUGUGAAUUCGAUAUAUUUCUUCAAUUUUCUCGAUUGAAUAAAGUUAUCGAAUGAUAAUAGAAAGUACGUAUGAACUCUGAAAGAUAUUCAAUAAACGAUAAUUGAAUUCGAACGAAAAUAUAAAUGAUUCCUAAUAGAUAAUCUUCUAAGAUUUUGAAUAGCAAUUAUAUCUACUUGAGUGAAUUCGAUGUUGUGAUAUACUAAUCUAAGUUUUUAUUUAACGUUAGUGUAAAACUAAUUUAUUAUAAGUUAAGGAAUCCAUCUGAAUGUGAAUAUUCUUCAUUCUUUCAUAUAUAUACAUAGGGAUGUAUAUCAUGGUCCUUUGAAUAAAAGUUUAUAAUUAUAAAUGAAGUAGCAUAAGAUUGGAAUAAUAUUAUGAACUCUCGUUCUAGGACCAUUAAGUCUUCUGCAAUAAAAUUCAAGUAGUUUUUUGUUUUUUCUUCAUAGUAUUUAAUAGUGCACACUUCUCAAUUUGAACUAUGUUGGAUUACAAAACAUAAAAAGGUGUUGUUUUUCUACUUCUUUUGAACAAAUUGUAAUUUCCCCUCUAAAUAAAACUAUUUUUAAU